ACAAUCCUGAAGGAAUUGCUGUUUUGGUAAAUCUCGAUUUUCAUUUUAUGGAUUUCAAUUGAAGGGUGCUUUUCAAGUUUCAAUGCAUCUAUUUGAUAGUUAUAAUUUAGAGGGCGUGCUUAAUUUUUUAUUUUCCUAUAAUUUUUUUUGGGAUGUUUUCGAUGAUAAUUAGUGGGUUGUUUUUAAUUUUUAUUUUUUUGCUUGACUAAGCAUCACAGAUUGAGAAGGAAGCAAAUGGGUAAUGCUCCAUCAACGCUUACCCAAUAUGAUAUUGAAGAAGUUCAAGAACACUGCAAUAAAUUGUUCAAUCAGCAAGAGAUAGUUUCUUUGUAUCAAAGAUUUUGUCAACUUGAUCGGACUGCCAAAGGUUUUAUUUCAUCCGAUGAAUUUAUGUCUGUGCCGGAGUUUGCAAUGAACCCUUUAGCUCAGAGGUUGUUGAAGAUGGUUGAUGGUUUAAAUUUUAAGGAUUUUGUUGUAUUCUUAUCUGCAUUUAGUGCCAAAGCAAGCAUUGAGCAGAAAGCUGCCCUUAUUUUCAAGGUUUAUGACUCGGAUGGUAAUGGGAAGGUGACUUUCAAUGACAUUAUAGAAGUUCUUAGUGAUAUGGCUGAGCAAAGAGAGAUAUACGAUACUAGGAGGAGAGUUUGGACCACUAAAGGCGAAGAUCAAGAGGCGGCGAAGAAGGAAUUCAUUGAGCAUUUGAAGGUAUUGGAGCAAGAGUUAGGGAACAAAUCUUACUUUGGAGGAGAUGAAUUUGGGUUUGUUGAUGUCGUUUUCAUCCCAUUCUAUAGUUGGUUUCACGCCUAUGAAACAUUGGCCAACUUCAAGAUUGAAGAAUCUUUCCCAAAGAUCAUUGAAUGGGCUAAGAGGUGCAUGCAAAGGGAAAGUGUGGCUAAAGCUCUUCCUGACCAAAACAAGGUUUAUGAGUUUAUUUUUGAGUUAAAGAAGAGGUUGGGCAUUUAGAGAAGCUGCUUUUUUUUAUGCUGCAUUGUAUGGUUUGGUGAGAGUAAUAAUGUAAGGCGUAUGUUAUCGUAGGAUUAAUAAUGUUAUCUUAUUGUAUGGUUUGGUGAGAAGUUGGUUUUUUAUGCUAUAUUAUUGUAUGGCUUAGAAGUUGAGACUGAUUUAUUUGAAAACAUAAAGCGUAUAUUAUCGUAUGAAUAAUAAUCUUACUCGAGUGUUUCUAAGUUUAGUGUCUCUUGUUACUCCUAUGAACCCUUUCUUUCAAAAAAUUUGACGCAAU